AUGUCCAUGUCUCUUGAAGAAAUUCGAAAUGUCAUCCUUCUCUUCAGCAGCCCGUCCUGGACCGGGCCUAGCGUCAUUUCCAGCACCAUCAUCCGCAACAUUACCGCCAGCCACAUGGCCUACACGACCCGCUUCACCCCCAACCUGACCACAACCAUCCUCUCCUCCCACUACUCCUACUCCUCCCCAAGCGAAGAAGGUAUCAUCCAAGGUCUGCUCUACGUCCCCGACCUGCCCCCUAACAAGGAUCACGACAUUUGCAUCGCCCUCACCGCCCCACACAUCCCCCCCACAGCCGUCCGCCAGUACAACCUACCACCAACAAACUAUCACCUCAUCGCCAUCGCCCCAUGGGUGAGCGACCGCUGCGCGGGAGCUUAUUUGAAGGCCGUCCGUGGGGAGAGCGCGGUGAAGGGGUUUAUCUUUUACAUGCCUGGCGACAACGACGACGAGAUGUUGGGGAAGAAGGAUUUGUUAAUCACCGACGACGAUAGUGACGACGGCGGCGGCGACGACGAUGGUGAUGAUGAUAAUAACUGGAUGGUCCGGAUUAAGCACCCAGUCUUUGCUGUUUCUGGAAGUAUUGGGGAGCUCAUGAUGCAGCACAUGAGCCUGUACUCGGGCAACAUGACUGAAGUUCCGUUUGGUCAAGACAUCCGAAAAAAAUUCAACACUCACGAGCAUGAUUAUCUGCGCGUUUGGACCGAGCUGGUGGUGAAGACGCCGCCGGCGCCAUCGAACGACAUCGACAGCGCCAACUACAGACGAAACGACGACCUCGAUGGCUACUCGGACCUCAGAGUCCUCAACAGCUUGCGAAAGGUCAUCAGAUCUCUCCCACCAACCGGCCUGCCCCACUUGUCUCGUACCCUUCCAGCCCCUGGUCACCACCAUCCGUGA